AUGAAGCAAGUCCUGGAAUGCGUGAAAGGGGAGCUGCAAGAGUGCAAGUUUGUGAUUAGAGGGGUCAAGAGCGUUCAAGAUCUGAGGUGUGUCAAAACUAUUGGUUUGGUUUCUUCUAAUGACACAGGUAGGGGGAUCUUGGAAGUGUUUUGGUGUAAGCCGGAUCCAAACUGGAUCAGGCUCAACAUUGAUGGCAGUUUGUUGGGCAACCCUGGCAGGGCUGGGGCGGGGGGCGUGUUUCCCAACCACCAGGCCCAAGUGGUGUUCUCGUAUGGAAAAUACCUAGGCAUUUCCUAUAGCUUCGAAGCUGAAAUUGAAGCUCUGAUGGAUGGGCUCUUUGUUGUUAGGGAGAGUGGGUUCAGAGAAAUUUGGAUCGAAUCGGAUUCGGCGGCUUUGGUUCUCUCUAUUCAGAAAUCUAAUAUUCCUUGGUUUGCUCUCCAAAGGUGGCAGGUGAUUAAACCGUACCUUAACUCCUGCAAAUGGAAAAUUACGCAUUGUUUCAGAGAAGCGAACCAUAUUGCGGACUACUUGGCUAAGCAAGCGGCAAAAACGGACACAUCCCUGAAUAGCCAUACCUUCCCUAGCCAUAUUAAUGAGCUUCUGGGCUGUGAUGCUAUGGGAGGAGGAGGAGGAGGAGGAGGAGGACUUCUUGAUGAACCUUCAUCUCAAGGUUUAUUCGGUUUCGAGAACGAUCGUCAGAGUGUGCUUGAAGAAGGGGAGAGCUCAGACAAUACAAGUGGUAGUGAUUCUGUCAAGAAUUUCGCUUUCAGUCGACUUCCUUCUCUUUCUGCUCCAAGCAAUUCAAAUAACACAAGCUUUGGGUUCGGAACCACAACAAAUUCUCUACCAGAAGAAGCUCAAUCUGUUAUCAACUUCAAAACUGGUUAUGGUAAUUGGGGGAGACCAAGUGAGUCAUUGCUUAGCUUCAACAACAGUAUUAGUUACCCAAAAAUUAACCAGCAAGAAGAGUACUCAAUUUGGGCAGAUGCUAUGGACAAGAGUAACUUGUGGAAUCAACUUAAUCCAAACUGUAGUAUUAUUGAUCAAUUUCGCGCAUCUGAGGAUCCUAACUCUUUCGAGAUAUCGAGUGGUUACAGUGUUCAUGAGCAGUCUGGAGGACUUGAAACAUACUCCAACAAGCGACCUUUCAUGAGUGAUGAAAUGCAAGAUCUCAAGAGGCAGUGCAGUGGUGUGCCUAGGAAGCCUAAACCCAAGUCAUCAGUUCCAUCCAAGGACCCACAAAGUAUUGCAGCUAAGAAUCGAAGAGAAAGAAUUAGUGAGAGGUUGAAGAUAUUGCAGGAUCUAGUACCCAAUGGAGCAAAGGUUGAUUUGGUUACCAUGCUAGAGAAGGCCAUCAGUUAUGUCAAGUUUCUUCAAUUGCAAGUGAAGGUUUUGGCUAUGGAUGAAUUUUGGCCGGCUCAAGGUGGAAAAGCUCCUGAGGUUUCUCAAGUAAAGGAUGCCAUUGAUGCAAUUCUCUCAUCAAAUAAAGAUAGAAAUUCAAGCUCAAGCUCAAAAUAA